AUGAGAGCUCAGAACGGUUUCGACAACUCGGAAGUCCUCAUGGCAGAUUCCAUCUCAUUGGUUCGGCGACGCGUUAACAAUCCGCUAUUAGCUUCUCAGGACGAAACCAUGGACUCAGUCGUUACACUUGCUGCUAUAGAGUUUGGUAAAGGUAAUACGACGAUUGGCAGUAUGCACAUUGAGGGCGUCAAGAAGAUGGUGCGAAUGAGAGGAGGCAUACAUUCACUAAAGAUUACAAGCCCUCUUACAGCACGCAUGGUUUCUUGGGUUUCAAUGAUACUCAUGCAAACUCCACAAUUCGACGUACAAGAUGAUCUACGCCUUGGUGAUGGGAUAGCUGCAAUACCUCAGUGGUUCCAUCUACAAACUAUCUCUCGAGAUGAGAUUCCAUGUGGCUUUCUUAAUCUCGAACUGGAUCCUUCUAUCAGCGACGUAUUCCUGCAGCUGCGCCAUCUGUUUCGCGUAUCACAUGAGCACAACCUCUCGACUACUGAUCUCCAUGAUUUGACAUGCUACAUCCUACACAAGCUCUUGGCCUGGUCGCCGGAUGAAUCACAGCCUGGGCAUGCAAACCUGAUUGCGACAUCACAAUCCAUUCGAUGUGCUGUAGCACUGUAUAUGCUCAUCAUUCACGGACCGACUUACUUCUCGCAUGCGCAUCUACAGUCUUCCUUGGUUGCAGAACUCAGAAGAAGUAUCAGAAGCCUUUUACCCAUGUUUGCGAUUGAAAAUGGGCCUUUAGCUUUGUGGGUUCUGAUUGUUGGGAUGGCCGCAUCGCAGGACGCUUUGACGUCUGGUUGGUUCACUGCGAAAGCUACGACCGUUGCUCGUGGUUUAGAGUUACGUACAUGGGACGAUAUUCUCCAGUGCAUGGAAGGAGUGGUUUGGUACAAGACACAGCGUGGGGAAGAGCACUUUCGACAACAAUGGGAGGAGGCUCUGAGUAUCAUAUGA